UGUUUUUUUUAUUGCAAGAACUGAAGCAGAAAGACUAAAAUUAAUGAAAUUAAGUAAAGCUCGAAUGUCUGAGCUUUGCUGGUUCCCUGAACGCAGCAUGUGUGGUGCGCGUGGGACUCAAAUCUCCUGGGAACUUCCGACAGCGGUCGCGCCGCCGAGCAGGGAAGAUCACAAACAAGUGCAUGAGAAGUUUCUCCAAAGGGUUCCCAGGAGACAUGGAAGCUUGCAUGAUGAAACCAGAGGUUAAGAAGAAGAGAAAGCCGCCCAAGCUUCCUCCAAAGCCCACAGAGGAAAAAUUAAAAGAAGCAGAGAAGCCUCAGACGCCAGCUGCUGACCUGCAAAGCCAUCGCAUAGACGCUAGCAACAACAGGAAACUCUCUGAAACUCCGGUGGUUCCACCCAGACCCACAGAAAAGGAACUUCAGAAUUCCUCCAGAUACAGCCUGCACAAAAAGUCACAGGCAGACCACACAGAGAGCCCCAGAGAAGGCGACCAAUCAGGAGCUGCAGAUGAAACGGACUUCAAACAGAGUAAUCGCUCGGUCCUGACUGGAAUGUUUCGAGGAAGCCAGAAGGAGAAGAAGCCAUCGUUCACCAGCUACCUCCACCCACCCAAUGAACAGGAUUCAACCGACGACGAAAUCCCAGUCAAACAGGCUCCCAGCAACAAACCGGAGUUUCUGAAAGGCGUAAUGAAAGGCUUAAAUCGGAAGACGUCACCGAAGAUCAUAAAAGACAACAAUGACUCUGAAGAUGCAGCAGAGGACGAAGCAUCUGCACAAACCUCUGAAAAAAAAGGCUUUUUGUCCAACAUUCUUAAAAAGUCUAAAACAUCAGCAGAAGAGGCUUCCACACAAGACAACCUGAGUGUUCACAGUGAGCUGUCUGCCAGCAAUGACAGUUUGUCUGAACAAAGCAAGGGAAAAGGAGGGAAAUUAACCAAGAUCUUCAAGAGGUCUCCAAAGGUGGAAGGUACUGGUGAUGAGCAGCCUCUGGCUGGAGAAUUGUCAGGAAGUAGUGACAGUCUGGCUGAGACUCACGCAAUGCAGGAAAAAGGAUUUUUCUCUGCGAUUCUUCGUAGAUCUCCAAAGACUUUUGAGGAGGAGACUCCUGAGCAGGAUAAAGAAGUUUUGGAGGUGGAGUCUACGUCCAACAGUCAGUCUGACAACUCAAAAGGAAAAGGAAACAUCUUCAGCGAAAUAUUUAGAAAAUCUCCAAAUCUGUCGGAGAGCUCCAAUCUGGAAGACGGAUCAGAGCCAUUACAAGGUGAACCCGCUGACAAGCAGCUGGAGAAGAAGGAGAAAGGUGCUUGGUUUGGAUUUUUAAAAAAGACCCCAAAAGCAACCGCAGAGGAGAAACUGUUACAAAAGGAUGAAGAUGAAGAUGUUUCUGUCAGCAGCGCUGACCCAUCUGAAGAUACCUGCUCACAGCAGAUUAAAGCAGAAAGUGAUGAGCUGACGAGCAGCAAAGAAGGCUCGACGGAGAGCAGCACCAAGGACAGAAAUCUGGAAGCCAGCAGUGAAGAUCCGUCUGACAGCAACCGUUCCAAGGAGAAAAAGCUUUUCAGCAACAUGUUCAGGAAGCAGCAGAAACCAGCAGAGGGCGCUGCAGCAGAGAUGGAGUGGGAGACGAACACUGAAAAUGCGACAACGGACAGCAGUGAGAAACUCGCUGACACGACUGUUUCAAAGGAGAAAAAAGGAGGAUUUGCUGGAAAAUUCAAAACAAGUUUUGAAAACCUGUUUGAAAAGGAAUCAGACCCAAAAGCAGACGACAAAUGGUUAACAAGAAGCUGUGAAAACCUCUCAGAGGUCACCACAACAAAGGAGAAAUCUGGAAAGUUUACACAGCUCUUUAAAAAGUCGCCCAAACCGGCUCCUCGCUCCGUUGCUACUGAGCAUCCACUCGAUUCUAACUUGUCGGCCAGUUGGGACAACCUUUCAGAAAUCGAGAAGGAGGAUUUUUCAGAACAAGCUGAACCUGCAAACGAUAACGAUGUUCUUCUUGAAGCUGCUACCAACACAAAGGAAAAGAAAGGCGGUCUUUCUGGGAUUUUCAAGCGAACACCAAAAACUUCAGAAAAUCAGGGAGAUGAGGGCAGAGAGACCCCAGAGGGAGGCAGACUGAGACGCAAAAGGACCGUAAAGAAAAAGAGACGAGUUGUCUCAUUCAGAGUCAAGACAACUCUUCCCACAAAUGGCAGAUCAACUUUACAGAGAUCUGAUGAGAUGCCGAUCAUUGAGGAGGCUGUUGAGAUGCAGGAAAUUAACCCAGAGCAGUUUGUCCAGGAGAGCACAGUGGAGGUCCAGCCUGUGGAGAUGGCUGCUUAUCCCUCUGGAGAAAGCCCCUCUGAACCGGAGGAGGAGAAUGAUGAGCUGAUGGAGUGGUGGAACACAGUUAAAGGUUGGACUGAGUGGAAUAAGAGCUCCAAUUUCCAAGAGGAUGAGGAAUCGGCGGUGGAGCAGGCCGCCGAUCGAGUCUAUAUGGCAGCUCGGCUCUUUGUGCGCCUUUUCAACCAGCGGGGGGCGUCCUUGCAACACCGCAUCUUGGAGCUUCUGGCUGUGGCCGAUGCUGCAGAUCAGUUCCACAAACGGACGGUGUCGGCCGCCGUGGGUGGAGGCGUGGCCAGCGUCGCAGGCAGCAUCGCCACCAUCACCGGCCUCAUUCUGGCUCCCUUCACCUUCGGAGCCUCCAUCAUCGUCACCGCCGUGGGCAUCGGUGUGGCGACGGCUGGGAGCAUCACAUCGGCGACCGCUAACAUCACAGACACGGUCCACUCAAACAUGGACCGCAAAAAAGUGGAGAAGAUGAUCCAGGGAUACCAGGAGGAGAUCACGGUCAUCAGGGAGUGUCUGGAGUUUUUGCAGGAAGGCAUGGACACCCUGCAGGAGUGGGAUUUUGAAAAGUACUCUGAAGGUGCUGCCAAAAAGGCUCUAAACCACAACAUCAAGCAUGUGAUGAAGGAGGGCGGGCGCGCCGGGAAAGCCCUGAUGAUCAACACGGACAAACUCAUCAGCACCGUGCAGGUUCUUGGAGCCGCAGGCGGCGCUGCCAAAGCUGCACAGGCCAUCAGUGUCACCACAGGGGUGAUGUCCGCCCUCUUUCUCGCUCUAGAUGUUUUCUUCCUCGCCAAGGACUCCCAUGAGCUCCGCAAGGGCGCCAAAACAAGGUUUGCCUCCAAAAUUCGAGAGGUGUGCAAAGACCUCCAAGAUGGUCUCCUGGAGCUGAACAAAGUGAAAACGCAACUACAGAAGACCAUGGACGGCAUUGAGGUGGAGCAGUAUGAGGAGAUUGAGGAGGUGGAGGUGGAAGUGGAGGAUGAACUAGAGUCCGAUCCAAAGAAACUGGCUGAGCUGGAGAAGGACCUGGACCUCAUGGAAAAGAAACUUGGCAAGAAGGAGGACGAGGACGAGAAGAAGAGUGAGCAGUCGGGGAAGGAACUUUUUAAAUUUACCAAGGAAAAGAAAGAGAAGAGAAAGAAGGAGAUAGGAGAGCCUGAGGAGAGUAAAGACAAAGAGGAGAGGGAAGACACUAAAGGAAAGAAAGAGGGAGACAGCAGGACUGAGUCCAAACCAGAGAAGAAAGAGCAAGCUGGCUCCACCCGAGGACCUGCUGAAGGAGCUUUAGCAGAAGAGUCUCUGAAAGGAAGCAAAAAGAACAAAGAAAGUGAGAACCGACUCACUGCUGGAAAAGAGAAAACACACCUGAGCGAGUCUGACACCGUCCAAAAAGACUCCAAGAAAACCACAAACAGCAGAGAAAAGCAGAAAACAAACCCGACUGAAGCCCAGAGCAACUCAGGUGAUUCCAAACAACACUGCACAGGUGUGAAUUGGGAAAGAAGAGGGCAUCAUGAAAACCAAGAAACAGAGGAGGAGAGAAGACACUCUCACAGAGAAAAGGACAGAACAGAGGAGGAAAGGAGGAGGAAGGACGGAAGGGCGGACAUGACACAGAGUCAAGUAAAGCAAAACAAACACCAAGAAGCUGAAAGACGAGACGGAGGAGACGCAGAACGAAGGAAAGACUCACACAGUGUAGAGUCCAGGAGGAGCAGCAAGAACGAAAGAGAGGAGAAACGAGGGAGCAGAGGAGCAGAGGAGGAUCUGAUGGAGAAAGACAGGAGGAGCGAAAGAGGGGAGAGUAGAAGGAGAGGACACGGCGAGCACGGUCGGCGUCGAUCUCACACCAACUCCAGAGAUCUGUGGAAAGAUGGACUGAACAUUUAGCUGAAGCAAAACCCUCAUGGAGGUCAAGGAGAAGCUCCUCCACCACCUCCUCCUCCUGCUGCUGCUGCUGCUGCUGCCGUGCAUCUCCUGUCGGAAAACGGAUGUGUCCUCCACCUGAGGGGCAAGUUUAGCUCAUUUUAACACAAUCAUGUUAAAGACUAACUAAGUAAAUACAUAGAAUUUAUAGAACAAAGUGUCAUUAAGUGUUUUUUAGGAUUAGAAGUCAUUAGUUUUAUAAAUAACUUUUAUAAUGCUGUUUUUCUCUCUCUCUUUUUUUAACUUGUCCUAUGCAACAGCUGAGCAAACAGAUACGAGCUGAGAGCCUCUUGUGUUAGUCAGAUUUUACUGUCACAAAAGGGAGUUACUGAGUAUAAGCACAAAAGAAAGAUGAAAGAGUGGAGUUUAGAGAAAGUAAGAUGGUAACAGAGGACGGUAACGUCAUCAAAUAACCAGGUAUAAAUAGUAAUCUGGAAUGGGCGGGGCCUGUCUACACACACAGUAGUAACACCUGUACUCAGGUGAGUGUUUUUGUUUUGCUGAGGUGGAUGAUGAUGGAAUGUUCAAAAGGAGAGGGCGCCCAGCCAUCCCACACCAAAACCCCCAGCCGGAGCAGCAGAAGCAGCAGCCAGGGCCCCCCCACACCCAGCAUGGGGCUACAGAGGGAACCUGCCGGGCAAUCCCGCCAAGCACCCAGACCAGGGCUCACGGGACCACCGCAGAAAUGCCAGAGAGCUAGAAGGCACGGGAGUACAGAGAGUGUAGGCCCCAGCCCAGCCAGAAGAGCAGCCCAGGAGUACCAACCCAUCCCAGAUACGAGCCAGACCCGACCCAUGCUCAAGACAACCGCCCGCCGCAAGAGGCCCAGGGGGGAUGGGGUAGGGGACAAAAGGUCGAAGGGGAUAGGUUAAGGGCUGCUGUCAGACUGACCCCAAAAGUUGGACAACCGUCACCCCGCCCCGCCAGCAUUGGGUCCAAGUUCCCCCAGCCCAGGGGCCCCACCACACAGAGAGCCAACGCCCCUGGUUCCCCAUCCCACACAAGGAGAGAGGAGCCAAGGAGCAAGUCCAAGGGGCAAACUCCGGCCCCCACUCCAGGGCACCUCCCCUGUGGGAGAUCUGGUCAGGCACUAAUGGGACCAAGGCAGCCCAACCAGCCGGGGCCCCACCAAAAGCCUAAGUAGAGACCGCAACCCACCAGACUCCCUAGGCCACGAGUCUAUUUUAUAAAGUUCUGUCAGCUUGUUUUCUUUAUUUACUAUUGAACACAAAACUGUAACAUUCGGUGAGUAAAACCUCCCUCCUGAUGAUUUGUAAAGUUAUAUUUAUUCAUAUUUGCAACACUUUGAGAUGAUAUCAUUUCCUGUCUUUUUCCAAGAGCGUGAUGUCUAUCGCUGUAAAAAAAAUUCCAUUUUGUUGAGCAAACUCCAGAAUGCGCAGAAAAUUCAUUUCUUCUCUCAAACCAGCCGAACUGGUUCUUCUAGAAUAUCUAUAACACCUUUUCUACACCCAGCAGGUUCUCCCGCCUCCUUGUUAGGAAACAUUUUUCAUCUUCUAUGAACACUGAAAUAUUUUCACAACGAUUUUUAUCUUUAAGAUUUAUGAUGCUGAUUUUAUUAUGGAAUAACUGACUGAUUCUGAGAACAGCCUCUAUAUUUGUCAGUUUUCUUUAUCAAACGCCAUGUUUUUACUGUUUUCUUUUGUCUGUUUCUAAAAAAACAAAAUAACUUUCUUAAUCCUGUCAAUUACAAACUUUACAAAAACAAUUGUUUUUUUUUUAACUUUAGGGAGGUUUAAAGUACAGACUGGUAAUGAACCAUAAAGGUGUUGUAAGCUUAAACCAACACAAUAGAGUGGAAGUCAGAGCAAUCAACCAUUGACUGAUGUGUUAUGGUAAAUGUUUUUUAAUGUCAUUCAAAAGCCAUUUUCAACAAAAGCAUUUUUCUUCAUCAUCUCUUCAAAGUUGUCACUAAACUGUUUUAAUAAUCCUAACUGACAUCAUUUGGUUCAAACUUGUUCUACAACUACAUCAAUCAUCAUGUCUUGAGAAAGAGAAAAAAACCUAAAAUUUUUUCCUUUUUAUCUCAUCUGCUGAUUCAUCCACCUGCAGGCUUCAGAUUACUGCUUUAGGCACAAGAACACUCGAGGACCAAGUUUUCCAACCGCAUCAAUGUACGCACUCAAAACUCCCCACACGUCACCACAUUACAAAGCAAUAACUCAUGUUAAAAUAAAAAAAAAA